GGCUCUAGUUCUACGGCUCACGGCGAGACCUGGCUUCAUGGGAAGACCUCUCGGUCUUUUUGUACCCCACUCCUAGGGACCUACCCCUAUGCAUGGAGAAAGAAUGCAUCCGUCAUACUUAGAACUCCUCCCCCCCUAAGGUCCUGCCUCAGGGAGGGAUUCAAAGCUCUCCACUUAGGAGUGGGUCAGCUAUAGGCUGUGCCCAAGUAGGUGUGGGCAUCUGGGGGAGCUCCCAAGCAGUUCAGAUCUUCCUUCAGCGGAGCCAGGAUUGGGGUGAAGACCGGUUCUGGGGAGCAUUUGGACAUCUGGCCCAGGAGACGAUGAGACACCGUGUUGCCAAUGCAGAACCAGAGGAACAGGGGAACGCUGGCUCCUAACCAUGUGCAGGAGGUGCGUCUGCACCGAGUGGAGUCCAUCAGUGACCUACACAGCGGAGGCUCCCUACGACCCUGUCUGGUGGAGGAGGCACAGGCAUGGGAGGAGCUUCUGGGUGUCUUACCACCAUCGCUGUGCACCCACGCUGGCUGCAGCCCUGUGUGUGGCCGUGGGGGCUUCCUUCUGCUGCUGGUACUGCUGGUGUUCACCUGCCUGGCGCUGGCCACCGUGGCUGUCUAUCUAAGUGUGCUGCAGAGCGAAUCCCUGAGGGUGUUGGCUCACACGCUGCGCACACAAGAGGAGACUCUGCUCAAAUUGCGUCUGGCUAGCCUCAGCCAGCUAAGAAGGCUCAACUCCAGUGAGGCUCGGGCACCCAGCUGAGAUGCCAUCUGUAUGUGAGACUGUGGGGAGGGGGAAAGGGGCUUUUAGCAGGUCUCUGUUCUCUCACUGAUGGCUUCAUCUACACUACUCCUUGGUGAGAUUUCUGUACAAGCCUGAUGUAACCCCACAGCUUCCUGUCUCUCUUGACCUCUUCAGGCCAGGCCUGACCAAGCCUUCUGGUGCCAGGGCCCUGCUUUGGAUAGCCAAAGGUCAGAGGAUGGGGCACCAGUCUUUUCCUGGCACCUCUUGUCAGCACCCUCUGGCCACCCCCAGAUAGGAGGUUCAGAAGUCUAGAAAUAGCUGCCCGGCUCAACCACCCACUCUGCCAGGCCUCCCAGUGGGGGGUCCAGUCUCAGCUCUCAGAGGGGGAACUACAUGUCCUGCCAUGGAGGACAAAGGUGAGGUAGAGAUCUUAGCUGCCGCCAAACCUGGGGUGGGAGACGGGAGGGAGAGAGUGCAGGCAAGACUCAGGAUAAAGGCCACAGGGGACUAAGUAUCAUUUAAUUCUCUCUUAUCUUUAAUAAACCAGCACACACAUCCAUUAUAGGCAGCUUUGCCUACCCUACGCCAUGGUGCCAGACCCCCAAGGGAAGCAGCCCCAGUGGGGGGGCAAGGUCUAUAAAACAGGGAUGGUCCUUUCUCACCACCCGCCCCGCCCGUUAGUCCUCCAGGACCGGCACACAUUUGGUUUUACCUGAGACAGGACAGAAAGAGGCCACAGCCACAGGGCUGAGUGCACAUACAAAGGGCUUGAGUCUAAGUGUCCUGAUCCCUUGACCCUCCCACAUUUGUCUAUUUUUGGUUUCAUCAUUAAAAAAAUAAAGUGACAAUCACUGGCAGGGA